GUGUAUAUUUCGAAGCAUAUAGAAUUAAAUCAAAAUGUUGAAUUGUAAACAAGUACUUGAAACGAAUGCACUGUUAGCAAAAGUGACGUUUUAUUUUCUGAAUUUGUCAAUAGUGAGACAAGACUCUGUUUAACGAGGAUUAAUCGUAAAGAUGCCCGAAUAUGAAAAAGAAACUUCGGAUGAAUUGUAUUACAUUCAUCUUGAGAACUUACCAUGGUCGGCGUGCCACCAAGAUGUCUUGAAAUUUUUCGAUGGAAUUGCAAUACCGCCAGGUGGCGUAUCCAUUUAUUGUAAAGAUGCAUUUGUUGUUGUCACCAACAAGGAGGACUGCGUCAAGGCUUUAGCACGCAGUGGGAAAGACAUCCAUGGGGCAAUCGUCCAACUUGUGAGUUUGACGAAACGUGAUGCUUUUAGACGAAAGUGUCAAUGCAUUUCCAGAAAGUUGCAGUUUUCUCCUUCCGUUAAAAGAAUUCGACCAACUGUUGUUCCAGAAAAUUCGAAAAACACGUUCGAUGUUUUCAAUCCAAUCGAAAUUUAUAUUUCGGAUGAAAAUAAAGAAAUUCUGCAACAGCAACCGAAUGAGAGAAAAUCGAAAAAGAUAAGGCCAACACUGCUUAAAGAUCUAAAACAACUACAAGUGUUCGAAAAAACCGAUAUGAAGGUUGGUGACCAAUGUGUGAAAAAGAUUAAGUUGGCUGAUGAUUGGCUACUUUCUCAUCUUGAAGUAGCAUGAGUAAAAGUUUCUUGAAUUGCACGCUUUAAAACAUAUUGAAAACGUACUAAAUGACUAAGAAUAAAUAGAUACCGGUUUUGUUAUGCAAUCGUAUAUAAAACAAGCAUAUUUGCCAUUCCCGUUUUGUACGCUGGCGUGCAAAGUUUAAAGACUUUUGUUAUGGAAAAAAGUUCGUUUCAAAAUUUAAAAAUUUUUUUUCCCUUUAAUGCUAACAGGGUAAAAGUCUUUAAAUUUUGCAAAUCAGUAAGAAAUUCACGGAAGAAUUUUCGGCAUAUAAUUUAGAUGUAAUCAAUUUCAGAACACGAAAUUGUAGCUUUAAUUAGAAGCCUGUAUCAAACUUCUAACUUUUUGAUUAAUUAUGCAAAAUUUUAUUUUUAUAUCAUAUAAUUCGACAAAAAGAAUUUAGCUAAACGUGAUGAGUUUCGUGGUAAAAUUGUGCAAUUAUAUGAAUAUAAAUUAGGGAUUAGUUUAUUGUCCUUGAUCAAUACCAAAUAUUUUAAAUCUGUUUUUGUAUAUGUGUAUGAUUUAUUCAUUUGCUUUUGAAAUAAAAUAAAUGUGUAUCAAAA